UGCUCUCCUGUACAUGAACAGCGACUUUGAAGGUGGGGAGUUUAUUUUCACGGAAAUGGAUGCUAAGACGGUCACGGCCUCCAUCAGACCCAAAUGCGGCCGAAUGGUCAGCUUCUCCUCCGGUGGAGAGAAUCCCCACGGGGUCAAGGCCGUCACCAGAGGCCAGCGAUGCGCCGUCGCUCUGUGGUUCACCCUCAACCCCCUUUACCGGGAACUG